AAAGCUGCUCCAGCAACAACAGUCACCCUUACCAUCAGCGGUAAAACCCUGACCAGAAGAACGAGGAGAAACCUGCUGAACAACUGAGCUCCAGUGGACGCCAUGGCCUCCGCCCUCUCUGUGCGCUCGGUGCGUCAGCUCUCCUUCUCCAACAUCUCUGUGAGGGACAGUGGACGCAGCAUCCGCGCCAAACCCUCUAUCUCCAAUCUUUCCCCCAUCGGCACACUGUCUCUGUCGCGCUCCCUCUCUGUGGGCAAUGGCCUCAACGUGCUGGGCUCCAGCCUCUCCUUCAACGGCCUCAGUGUCGGCGUCAAUGAGAAGGAGACCAUGCAGGGCUUGAACGACCGCCUGGCCAACUACCUGGACAAGGUGCGGUCGCUGGAGAAGUCCAAUGCCGAACUGGAGACGAAGAUCAAGCAUCUCAUGCUGGAGACAGCUCCAAAAAGCCACGACAUAGAGGGGAUGAUGGCACAGGCCCACGCCAUCGGUCAGGAGGUGAGAAAGAAGACGCUGGAGAACGCCCGUAUCAUGUUGGAGAUUGAUAAUGCCAAGCUGGCGGCUGAUGACUUCAGGGUCAACCUCUUCGUUUUUAUCUGCAGAUAUGAGGCGGAGGCCACCCUCUGCCAGUCAGUAGAGAGGGACUGUCAGGCUCUGAGGAGAGCAAAGUCCGACCACGACCAGAUCAUCUCCACUCUGCGAGGAGACCUAGACAGCCUGAAGGAAGAGCUUUACUUCCUCAAGAAAAAUCACGAGGAGGAAAUGUGCUCCCUGAAGGCCCGGCUGGCCAAUGAGCAGGUGAAUGUGGAGGUGGAUGCAGCUCAGGGUCCUGACCUGGGGGCCAUCUUGGCUGAACUCAGGGUCCAAUAUGAAGGCAUCACUCGCAAGAACAAGGAGGAGGCGGAGGCCUGGUACCUAAAGAAGUUAGAGGCAGUGCAGUCAGAGGUCAAAGAAAGCAAUGAAGCUCUGCGUUGCGCCCAAAGUGAGCUCAGUGAGAGGCGACGUUUUCUGCAGGCUCUGGAGGUCGAGCUCGACAACCUUCGUAAACAGGUCAGCGUGUUGGAGGGAAACCUUGGAGAAACGGGACAUAAGUACUCCGUGGAGAUGGAUCGUCUUCAAGCCAUUCUGACGCAACUGGAGGAUGAGCUGUCACAGCUGCGUCUGGACAUGCAGCGCAACAAGACCGACUACGAGCAGCUGCUGCGUGUCAAGCAGAACCUGGAAAUGGAAAUUGCCACCUACAGGAGGCUGCUGGAAGGAGAGGAAGUGGUGAAAGAAACUCCACCUCCACCUCCUAAAAAAGACCCCGACGUGAGGACCAGGAAGAUUGUGAAGGUCGUCACUCAGACAAUGAUCAAUGGCAAAGUGGUUGAUGAGUCCAGUGAGGUGGAGCAGAUCGAGGAACGCAAAAAAUGAAAUUAUUGUCCUUUUUAUUUACUCUUUACAGUGUCUGAAGUAGGGCGGCAACAAUAUCAGAUUUUCACUAAAUGAUAAUCUUGGUCAAAAGAAUUCACAGUAAUGGCAUUAUUGUGACAUCUUAAAAAGAAAGAAAAAAAUAUUUGUUUAUGCAGUUUGUGCUUUGAGGAAAAUUGCAUUCAAAAUACAUAUAAGAAGUUUGAGACACAAAGGCAAGAAAAUUAAGAAUUACAGUAAUUUACAACAUAAUCACACGUAUUGUUAACAAAACACCAACUGUGACCCUAACUCUGUGUUCUGAAGACAUAUAAAAAUAACUUCUUUGAUGCAUAUUACUUAAUUACUUUUUUUUUUUGUCCCAUCCAGUAAUUUGGAAAAGAACAAAAAUGGCAGAUUUUUCUAGCACAGAGUGAAGAUUAGGAUCAUCACCAGUGAGGACGCACAUAUUUGAUGAAUCUUAAAUAUUGCAGUUAUUGUCAGCAUCAGUACACUGAAACAGCCAGAUUCAUGUUGGAAAUGUACUGAAAUGAAAUGAAAGUUCAGCCUGACUAAAAAUUUAUAACAGCUUCUGGAUCUGCUUCACUCUGCAGGUUAGAAAGUUCAGGACUUCACUGUGAUGUUCACUGUUGUGCUUUUCAGACAGCCGUUAGAUAAAAUCUUAUUUUCCUAAAAUUCCUUUGAAAUUUUAAACCUGUUUUCAUUGCAAAUCAAAUUCUUGCCACUAUUUUAUAAAAUAGCAUUUCAUUAUUAACAUAUUCUAGUUCUGCAGUCUGAGAAAUGAUUAUUUAGGAGCUGAUUCUGUAAAUAAAAUGCAUAAAAAAUGUUAUUUUUCAGUAUCAUGAAUAUUUUUAUGCAUGCAAGAGACUGUAUUUAAACGGUAAGGGUAUCUCUAGUUUAUGAAACUAUGCUUGUUUAGUAUUUGAAUAAAAUGCAUCAUAACUCAACAUCAGGUCACGAAGUAAUCAUUAAAAGUUUAAGAGAUUAUGUUUCCACAAUGCCAAAAAUGGAAAAAGGAGUUUGCAAACAAUCAAUCAAAUAAUUCUCUUUAAGAAUAAAAGUGAGAACCUGCCAGCUGGCACUUAAUUUGCUGUAAAAUUUGACCUUAAGGUCCACUUUUUGUCUUUUCACCUUGUUAAACAAUCUCUUCCUUUCAUACAUGAGUUUUCUCAAAUUAUAUCAAAAUGUGAAACUUCCAGAAAAAAAACUGAACAUAGAUUUUUGUGGUUUUCAGCAUUAAAAAUGAGGUUUCAUAUAAGUGAAAAUACAAAUAUUUCCUUUAAUAUUUACUGGAGAAUUAUAAUUAAUUAUUUGUCCUAACUGUAUCAGUAAUGCUCUUGAUAAACUGAAUGUAUCAACUCUGUUAUGUUUGUUGUGUGAGAGUUUGGCUGUGAAAUACUACUGGGAGUAUUACGAACUUUUAAUAUCCAAAUAAACACACCAAAGUGGCUG